GAACUGUAACCAGGUGUCCUCUCACAGCUGGGACCUGUCUUGAGCACCAUUAGCAGUGAACAUCAUGUCAGAGCUGGAGGACUAUUCCCCUCCUCGGGGCCACCUUCAUCCUGACCCGGCUCGCAUCCAGCAGAACCUCCUGGAGGAGCAGGUGGAGCUCUGGUGGUUCAGCGAGCCACGCAAAUCCUUAUUAUGCUACUGCGCUUCAGUGGCCUUGAUCUUAGGCUGUGGUCUGGGCGGCGUAGGCCUCCUUUCCACUACCACCAGCCUUUCCAGCGAGUGGCGACUGGGCGCCGGAACUGUUCUUUGCCUUCUCGCUCUGGCCGUCCUUCUCAAGCAGUUGCUGAGUUCUGCUGUCCAGGACAUGAACUGCGUGCGUAGCAGGCGCCGGAUCAACAUGCUAAAAAGCGGUGGUUUAUCUGACGUCCUCAUCAUGUUGAUCACGGGAAUCUCGCUGCUAAUUUGUGGAGCUGUCCUGCUGGAUGUGGCCCUUUCCUACCACAUGCCCAAACCUGGGAAGGCACUGAAUGACAUGUAUAUAUCCGGGGUGGUGAUGCUGGUAGGUGGGAGUUUUACAGCGUUAGCGGUCGGGAUUUACGCAGCAGUAGUUUUCCUCUUAGAGAGGUCAGGACCAGGACAGAGACGAUGGGAGAGGACAGUGGGGAUCUUCAGCAUUUCAGGCCAGAUGCAGGCAAGGAGAGAGACUGCUUCAAGCCUGGCUCGUCUGAUAUAACUGUGACUACAUAAUAAAUAUACCAUUCUUUUACUGAACAGGAACUGAGAUGAAAAACCAGCACCCUCAAUGAUACUUUGCACCCGUUAAACUAAGGCACAAAUCACAUGUGAUAUUUACAAUUACAUUUUGAUUCACAUUUUGGAUCAAGGAUCCUGGCAUUAAACAUUUGAGGGUUUAAGCACAAACAUUCAGCUUUUACAUGUGUCACUCCAAUAAAGUACAGUUAAAAGUACUGAAAAAGCACAAAAAUAAUCUCAAGUUUGACCUUUAAUUGAUUUUAGGUAAAACAUGCUGCUUUAUCUCCAAUGCUUUUGGACAACUACAAUAUGUGCAUGUCCUUGACUGCUUUAUUUAUGUGGGCAACUGUGAGCAUACCAAGUGGUUGUCCAUCAUGGGAUGUCUUUAGCUUUUCAGGAGCUCUGAUGUGUGAGCAAAUUGACUGACUGUGUCAGCUGAAUUCACAUAUGUGUGGAUUUAUACUACAACCUGU